AUGUUCUCAAACCAUCCAUUUCAAGGAAGAAAGUUGACAGAGCAAGAAAGGGCCAGAGUGUUAGAAUUUCAGGAAUCGAUUCAUUAUUCACCACGUUAUUCAGAUGACACGCAUGAAUACAGGCAUGUAAUGUUGCCUAAGGCGAUGCUUAAGGUGAUUCCAUCGGACUACUUUAAUUCAGAAACCGGUACUCUACGGAUUUUGACAGAAGACGAAUGGAGAGGGUUAGGGGUUACACAGUCGUUGGGUUGGGAACAUUAUGAGUGUCAUGCACCAGAACCUCAUAUUCUACUGUUUAAGAGACCGUUGAACUUUGAAGCAGAUCUUCGUGUGGCGCAACAGCAGCAACAACAGCAGCAAUAUGCAGCAGGACACUAG